CGCCACGCCCGCCGCAGGCUGAGGGCCAGUCACUCGCGGGCCGGCGUCCCGCAACCGAUUCGCGCCCCGCCCCUGCCCCGCCGCAGGACGAGUAACGGUUACGAAGCACUUUCUCGGUCGCGAUUUCUGCUUAGUCAUUGUCUACCAGGAAGCAGCUCCCUCAGUUUGGAGUCAGCUCUCCCGCUGCGGCCGCAGUAGCCGGGGCGGUAGCCGCAGCCACCGGUGCCUUCCUCUCCCACCGCCGCCCAGCCGCCGGCCUCCCUGGGGCCCGAGCGGAGGCCAGGCUCCAGCCGCGCGGCGCCGGCAGCCUCGCGCUCCCUCUUGGGCCUCUUUCGGGCCUCGGGCACCGCGUCCUGUGGGGUGGCCGCCUGCCUGCCCACCCGCAGCCCCUUCGCCGCUCGGCCCCUGGGCGGCCGCUGCCAUGGGUACCGACAGCCGCGCGGCCAAGGCGCUCUUGGCGCGGGCCCGCACCCUGCACCUGCAGACGGGGAACCUGCUGAACUGGGGCCGCCUGCGGAAGAAGUGCCCGUCCACGCACAGCGAGGAGCUUCGUGAUUGUAUCCAAAAAACCUUGAAUGAGUGGAGUUCCCAAAUCAACCCAGAUUUGGUGAGGGAAUUUCCAGAUGUCUUGGAAUGCACUGUAUCUCAUGCAGUAGAAAAGAUAAAUCCUGAUGAAAGAGAAGAAAUGAAAGUUUCUGCAAAACUGUUCAUUGUAGGAUCAAACUCUUCAUCAUCAACUAGAAGUGCAGUUGACAUGGAAAGAGGAGCAUGUAGUAGCUGCAAGCUGCCUAGGAAGAAGGCAGGUCAGAGAAACCCACUUGUCUGCCACACAGAGCAAGUAGCCUGUUCAGUACUUGGAGUUGCACAGCUGGAUUCUGUGAUCAUUGCUUCGCCUCCUAUUGAAGAUGGAGUUAAUCUUUCCUUGGAGCAUUUACAGCCUUACUGGGAGGAAUUAGAAAACUUAGUUCAGAGCAAAAAGAUUGUUGCCAUAGGUACCUCUGAUCUAGACAAAACACAGUUGGAACAGCUGUAUCAGUGGGCACAGGUAAAACCAAAUAGUAACCAAGUUAAUCUUGCCUCCUGCUGUGUGAUGCCACCAGAUUUGACUGCAUUUGCUAAACAAUUUGACAUACAGCUGUUGACUCACAAUGAUCCAAAAGAACUGCUUUCUGAAGCAAGUUUCCAAGAAGCUCUUCAGGAAAGCAUUCCUGACAUUCAAGCGCACGAGUGGGUGCCACUGUGGCUACUGCGAUACUCGGUCAUUGUGAAAAGUAGAGGAAUUAUCAAAUCAAAAGGCUACAUUUUACAAGCUAAAAGAAGGGGUUCUUAACUGACUUAGGAGCAUAACUUACCUGUAAUUUCCUUCAACAUGAGAGAAAAUGGAGAUGUGUAAAAAUCUAGUUACUGCCUGUAAAUGGUGUCAUUGAGGCAGAUAUUCUUUCGUCAUAUUUGACAGUAUGUUGUCUGUCAAGUUUUAAAUACUUAUCUUGCCUCCAUAUCAAUCCAUUCUCAUGAACCACUUUAUUGCUUUCCUUAAACUAUUGUUUUCUAAUUGAAAUUGUCUAUAAAGAAAAUACUUGCAAUAUAUUUUUCCUUUAUUUUUAUGACUAAUAUAAAUCAAGGAAAUUUGUUGUUAGAUAUAUUUUGGCCUAGGUAUCAGGGUAAUGUAUAUACAUAUUUUUUAUUUCCAAAACAAAUUCAUUAAUUGCUUCUUAACUCUUAUUAUAACUAAGCAAUUUAAUUACAAUUGUUAAAACUGAAAUACUGGAAGAAGAUAUUUUUCCUGUUAUUGAUGAGAUAUAACAGAAUAACUGGAGUAGCUGGGAUUUACUAGUAGUGUAAAUAAAAUUCACUCUUCAAUACAUGAAUGGAAACUUAAAUUUUUUAACGUGUCCUUGCUUAUAGUUUAGCUGUAAUGAUGUAACCAUGUAUUCUUGUACCGUAUUAUCUCUUUUUAUUACUUAUAAAGACAAACCAAAGUAAAUCUGAAAAGGAGACUAGAAGCUUUGAAAUUAUUGUUUGGGGGGUUUAUAAAAGCAACUACUAUCACCUCCAGAUUCUUUUAAAUUAUUGAUCCAUCCUUAGUAUAUAUUGCUACUCAUUCAAGAAUCCUCAGUAUUGAGUACUUACCAUAUGUUAGGAUACUGUGGGCUCUGGAGAGAGGAGGGGGCAUAGAGCCGGGAAUUAAGAAUGACUUGAGUAAAAUGUGUGAUAUUUAUUCCCCAUUAAUAACUGACUAGGAAGGACUAAAAGCCAGAAAGGGGAUGAAAAAAAAAUCCUUAAUUCAGGGCCAACAUUAUCUACUUAAACAACUUUGAGAUAUAGUCUUAACUAUUUUAAAGCAGAAUAAUAUAAUUGAAAGUUUAUUGCUUAAAGAGACUAUAUAGGUCAUUUAGUAUAAUUCUUCAUUAGUUUCAGAACCACAAAAUUACAAAUAAAUAAGCUGUGAAUGUUGAUGUACACAAUAAAUCUCUUUAAUUCUAUAAAUUUGUGUCUGUAACCUGAAUAGUUUGAAAACUUCUUUUAAAAUCUCUUGUAUCUCAGCUGGGCGCAGUGGCUCACACCUGUAAUCCCAGCAUUUUGGGAGGCCGAGGUGGGCGGAUCACGAGGUCAGGAGUUUGAGACCAGCCUGACCAACAUGGUGAAACCCCAUCUCUACUAAAAUACAAAAAUUGGUUGGGUGUGAUGGCACUUGCCUGUAAUCCCAGCUACUCAGGAGGCUGAGGCAAGAGAAUCUCUUGAACCCGAGAGUCGGAGGUUACAGUGAGCCGAGAUUGUGCCACUGCGCUCCAGCCUGGGUGACAGAGCGAGACUCCAUCUCAAAAAAAAAAAAAAAAAAAAUCUUGUAUCUCAAUAUUUUUAAACCAUGGGCCUAAGUAAAACUAAUUUUGCUCAAGUUUUCUCAACCUAGGGAAAAAGAACUAUAGUUCCAUAUUCAAAAUAAAUAUAACAGACCCUUUUCCUAA